CCUCAUAAAAGAAAAUGUAGUCUCUCUCUUUUUCUAACCACUUCUCGAAAACUGAAACCUUUGUAGAGGGAACUCAUAGUUCGAUAAAAACAUUCUUUUUGUAACUGAGACUUGGCAACUUGUUUUUGCUCCAAAGUGUAGCUUCUUGUCGUUGAUGGUGAUAAGUAUAUAAGACGAUGAAAAGUUUGGCUAGUGCGGUCGGAGGGAAGACGGCGAGGGCAUGUGAUAGUUGCGUGAAGAGGCGGGCACGUUGGUAUUGCGCAGCUGACGAUGCUUUCCUUUGCCAUGGUUGUGAUGGUUCGGUCCACUCUGCGAACCCUCUUGCUCGUAGACACGAGAGGGUCCGUUUGAAAUCGGCUAGCUCUGGAAAGCAUCGCCAUGUCCCUACUUCCCCGCCGCCUACGUGGCAUCAGGGAUUUACACGUAAAGCUCGGACCCCGCGCGGAGGCAAGAAGAGCCACACGAUGGUUUUUCAUGAUUUUGUGCCGGAGAUGAGCACGGAGGAUCAGGCGGAGAGCUACGAGGUUGAAGGGCAGCUCAUCUUUGAGGUGCCAGUGAUGAACCCGAUGGUUGAGGAGCAAUGCUUUAACGAGUCCGUGGAGACAAAGAUCGAGUUUCCGAUGAGGCCCGUAUGUUUCAAGAGCAGCGACGAAGAAGACGAGGACAACGCUGAGAGUUGUCUGAAUGGUUUAUUCCCAACCGACAUAGAACUGGCUCAGUUCACUGCUGACGUGGAGACUCUCCUUGGUGGAGGGGCAGAGCGAGACUUUCAACCCACGGGUGAGCUAGGGUUAGGUGAGAUGAUGAAGAUCGAAAAAGAAGAGGUGGAGGAAGAAGAAGGAGUCGCCACAAGGGAUAUGUGUGAUCUUGAUGAAGUUGAUGAGACUUCUCCAUUUGAAAUAAGCUUUGAUUACGAGUCCGCAUCCAAGACCAGCACAAACGAAGAAGAAGAAGAAGAUGAAAAAGAAGACGUGAUGAAGAAUGUUAUGGACAUGGGAGUGAAUGAGAUGAGUGGUAAGAUUAAGGAAGAGAACAAGGAGAAGGCUCUUAUGCUUAGAUUGAACUACGAAUCGGUGAUUUCAACUUGGGGAGGACAAGGGAUCCCAUGGACUGCUCAACAACCAUCUGAAAUAGACCUCGACAUGGUUUGUUGUCCAACCGAUUCCAUGGGUGAAAGUGGAGUAGAUCAAGCUCAUCAUUACAACCACUUUCGUGGCCUAGGGUUACGCAUGGGAGAAGCUCAUGGUGAUGGGGGAAGAGAGGCUAGGGUUUCAAGAUACCGAGAGAAAAGGAGGACGAGGUUGUUCUCCAAGAAGAUAAGGUAUGAGGUACGUAAGCUUAACGCAGAGAAGAGGCCUCGAAUGAAAGGAAGGUUCGUGAAGAGAUCUUCAGUUGUUGCUGCUCACUAAAGAACUUGAUUCAUUAUGGAAUUUUAAUUCAUAUGCUCUCUUUUUUGCUUUUUUUUUUUGCUGCUAGUUUUUGGUGAUAGUUGUUAGCUUUCUUUUUACUGCAUUGAUAGAGAUUUUUGCACGUUUUGUGAGCUACAUAUGUACAUAUUUAUAUAUAUCACCAAAAAAAUUUGAUUUCCUUGUAA